CGGCUAAUGGAGGGACCAGAGCACGUGUCAGCUGAAAGCCUUGAGACUCGCGGUCAAGUAAGGCUUCUCCUUCAAAGAAUCCUUGGAUCCAAAGGUGACUUAAAGUCCAAGCCUCAAAGCUCCUGCAACCUUUUAGCCCUGGCCCCAGGUGACUUCAAGUCCAAGCUCCAAAGCUCCUGCAAUUCUCAGCCCUGGCUCCAGGUCCCUGCUUUGCAUCCUGCCAAAGUCAAGUUUCCAAGCUCCCAAGGAAUCUACUUGGAUCAAGUACUAGCUGACAGCUCGAAGCCUCUGUCCUCCAAGCGAACCCUGCUCACCCUCCACCAACCAACUAUCCACCACCAGCUUCCGAGAAUCUCCUCAGGUAACCAAAUUCACAGAAUCAAAUCGUCUAGAUCUCAUCUGAAACCUUACCUCAAGAAACUCACCACCACUUUGGACUACCACAGACUCAGCAGCAGUCUCACAGCUCUCCCUUACUCGACAUCACUCUUCCUCAUCAAACUCACCUCCAUCCACAAUAAGCCAAAGUUUAAGAUCGUUUCCCAUCUGUUUCCUAAACAUAAUUUAAGAUUACUUACCUCUUGCGUCUCUCCCAUACAGUCUGCAGUUUUCAGUCCCGGUUCCGGUAUUCACCUUUUAAAAAAACUGGCUAAUCUUUUCUCCUGCCUCCUGAGUGUCUCUCUGUAUGUGGGUCGAAACAAUUAAACGAUGACACCCUCAGUAU